UCUUUGUCUGUGUAUAUUUUAGUCUAGCUCCCUUAAUUAAUAAACUAGUAUAAAUUAUUUUAUUAAAAAUGUUUAUUAUAUACUACAUAUAUUUUAUUGCAAGUUCAAUUUUGCUGUCUGAGGGUAAUUUUUUAAGUGAUUUUCAAGAAAAUCAAAAAUAUGGUGAACAAACGCUAGAUUAUGAUUACCCAGUAUGGUAUUCAACGGGAGUUUCUGAAUUAUCUAGACCCUCUGAACUAAUGCAGUAUGAUAUUGGACACUUGAUGUCUCAUAUUGCGGCAGAUAAACGCGGUAGUGCUACUCAGUCCAGUGGUGGUAUAUGGUUCGGGCCAAGACUAGGACGUAGGAAACGCCGGUCUUCAUACAACUUGGUGGAUGUCAACUCUAAUGGACCGGAAGCAGGCGUGGCAUCAGCUAGUCAAACAGUAGUGGAUCUGUUAACUAAUGCACCCUGGGUACUUAUACCACUGGUAGAGAAUUCCCUUUACAACCAACAAAAGUUACCGAUUUCAAUAAGAAAUAGUCGUUCGUCUUCAGAGGAAGCCAGCGAAGAAGCAACUCGACAUUCGGCCAGGUCACCACCGUAUUCGCCACCUUUUUCACCUCGAUUAGGUCGCCAUGUUGGAUCUGUAAUUCGUCCCUUUCAAGUGUCUGGAUUAAACCGAGAUGAAUUUUUUCGACGCGAUACCAGAAGUCUACCGCAAAAACCUGCGCAGGGUUCAACUGCGCAGCCCAGUAAUUAAAUUCUCUGUUAACGGGCUUUACGAAGGUUUCUGUCAAUGGACGUCAGAAACUCUUGUCACAUCUAUAUAAUUGCAUUGAUAUUUUAAUCGGACUUUACUGUAGUUUUAUCUAGUCAUCAGUACUAUCAUAGUAGGUUUAAAAAAUGGUUAAACAUGUUAUGUUGCAUAUUUUUAUUUUAAAUAUAUCAGAUUUAAUAAUAUGCUAAAUAAAACA